AUGAGCUCUUUGAUGGCAGCCCCGCCGUCCGUGAGAUUUCCAGCUGCCGUGAAGCAGGCGGUCAGCGGAAAGCCUUAUCAUGUGGAUUUGGCUUCGUACCAGGUUGGUUCGAGUGCCGAGGAGCGCGUGGCAGACAGCUCAGCCAUUCAAUCUGGCAACAAGUCAAAACGUGACAUGUUGAUGUUCAUCGACACGUGUAUGGAGACUUUCUGGACAUGCGCUGAUUGGAUUUGGAGCGGGUCCAGAUGUCUCCAAACGUGCUUCGACUGCAAAGUAGAAGGCGCGUCAACUAGAGGCAGCGACAUGCUAGACAUUCACAUUUUCAAGGGCCCGAAGUUUGCCAGAUGCGGGAGGUUCGAUUACAAACCCAUCUGGAAGAAUACCUCCCUAGGCUGUCCAUUGGCAACCACGUCGGAGCAUCCGAGGAGUGUGCACUGUGCGUUGCCCGUCGCUGCUGAGUAA